CAACUGCCAUGUCACGGCCGGUCGGCUGCAGCUCUCGCCUCGCUGGCGGCGCGGUCUGGUGCCGCGGCGCCCAGCUCUCCUGUGGGCUCGCGGCGGCUCGCCGCCGCGGUGCCGAACAAUGUGAUCAGUCUGGAUUCGUCCCGGCGUGCCGCCGGUGCCGCUUCCUCGCCAAUUUUUGGCUCGACCAGUUUGUCGACAAAACUGUGCCAGAGCCCCUGCUGCUCGACUGAGCGGCGGAGCCGGCCCGUCGCGGCCGAGAGGCGGUGCGCCGACACCGGGGCUACGGCUCGGGACCGUUUCCAGGCUCUCUCGAGCAACCUCAAAUUUUGACCUCAACCUCGCGGCCCGCUGCGCGGCUCUCCGAGCGCGAGAGGUGGCGUCUGCGAGGUGGCGGCGAGCGCAGGCGGCGGCGGCGCGGCGGCGCGGCGGCGGAUCGCGGCGCAGACAACGGCAGGAAUCUGCGGCAGGCUGCUGCCUGCUGCUACAGCAGCUGCUGCUGCUGCUGCUGCUCCGCCGCUGCCGAUUGUGGACACGAUUCCCCCG